UGGUUGGUUGUGAUGUGGGGAUUAGUGGAACAUUUUUAUUCAAAGACCGAGCAAUAGUAGAACGAAUGGUUUUCCAUUUCUGAAUUGUCUGGGUUACUGUAAAAACAAUAAGGCUACUGACUUUCCACCGGGCGAAAAACAAAUAUUGUAGUGAUAAAGGUUGAGACAAGACACAGAAAACAUAAUAAGCAGAUAAACUGUGCUUGAAGUUUAAAACAGAUCAACAGUUGGGAAAAAACCAGGCACAGCAUAAAAAACUACAAAUUAAUUGUAUCAAAUAUCACAAUGUGCCAGAAGAAUACAUUGCAACUACUUCGAAAUAUUUGGCUGCAGCGGGUGAAGAGUGGACAAGGCUUUGAUCAAAAGAUCUAUCAAAAGGUUAAAAUUGUAGCUGGAAGUGAAGGAACAUGUGAAGCUGAAUUUCAAGUGGAAGCAGAACAUACCAAUCAAGCUGGUCUACUUCAUGGUGGAUUUUCAGCUUGUCUUGUUGAUUCAGUUUCAACUAUGGCCCUACUGACUGAUUCAAGACAAGUUCCUGGUGUUUCUGUAAAUCUCAACAUAACGUAUUUGAAAGCAGCCAAAAUCGGUGAUCACAUCCUAGUGAAGGCGGCCACCGAUAAAGUGGGAAAGAAUUUGGCCUUUUUAAAUGUGCAGAUUAUCAACAAACAAACCGGCGCUAUUCUUGCUCAAGGAAGUCAUACCAAGUACAUCGUUUGAACAAUGCGUAUAUUCAUCAGCAACAGUUAUUACGUAGACAUUGCUGGGCCUCGUGUAUCGAUUCGCGGAUUGCUGCCCAAUUGUAUGUGUUGCAAACAUUGAAAAAGAAACAAGAAUAAUAGACGUGCGUCACAUA